AUGCCGUCGGUAUUCUCAAAGGACUCGACAACGAACAUCGACCUCCCGAAAUUCGACUCGCUGCUCGUCAAAGGCUCUUAUCCACCGUCUGCGCCCAUUCACCUCUGCCUUUCGCACAUAGCAGAGUCAGGGACGAGCCACGGUGCGGUUAUCCUCACUCCCUCGAAAGAACAGUUGGAGGGAGCCCUCUUGGCGGAAAAUGAUCCCUGGCUUCAGAGGAACUCUGGCACGGGAACCGUAGCUGCCAUAUCUCGGCGAAUCAACGUACUAUACCCACCAACGCCCCAUCACAUGGUCUUCUUACUCUCCAUGUUCCACGCAGCCGAUCCGUCAAAUGACCCAUCCUGGAGUACGAAGACCACGUUCCCAACACCCCCCUCUCUAAUCGUUCUCCACGAGCUUUCAUUUUAUUUCACGUCGGGAACAGAAGCAGCGGCGAGCUCCCAACCCACACUAUCCUCGUACCUGGACCUGGUCGUGAAUGCCCUUGCUGCGGCAUCGUCCCUAUCGAAGCACCCUUCAAACGGCACAUCGACGGGGGUUUCGUUAGCCCUCUUUGAUUCUGGAAUGGACACCCUGCGUUUACCCAUUCUCAAGGUGCCACGCUUGUCUCACCCUCAUAUCGAAGCUCCAGGAGAAGCACCAGACGAGCCUCGUGUAGAAGCUGUCUACCAAUUUGCACGCAAGUAUUUUGAGUUCAUCCUCGAAUUUACGCUCGAGCACUACGAUGAGGCCCCUCAAUCUUCGACUGCACCGGCUAGAAAAACCGUACGCUUACUCCAGAAGGACCGAUUCAUUAAAUGA